AUGGCUGUUAAUUUUGUGUUGGGCUUCCUCGCUUCCGCGGUGGUCCUACAGGUCAUUCGCUAUGUCAUCAACUCAUGGCAAGCUUCACGAAAGGCUCGAAGCCUUGGCUGUGCCAACCCGCCUCAACUUCCUAUGAAAGAUCCGAUCGGAAUUAGCACUGCGUUGGAAAUGAUCCGGGUGGCCAAGGAGCAGAUGAUCCCCAGCUUGAUUACGAGUCGUUACCAGAAAGUUAGCAAGCAAGAAGGUCGCUUUGUGACAACCAUGAGUUUCCGCAGCUUGGGAAAAAAGCACACUCAUACCGUGGAUCCCAAAAAUGUUCAGGCCGUGCUGGCUACUCAGUUCAAAGACUUUGAACUCGGUGCUCCUCGUCGACAAAGUAUACGCCCUUUCUUAGGCAGCGGAGUCUUCACCUCUGAUGGACAGGAAUGGUCUCAUUCCCGUAGUAUGCUGCGGCCGCAAUUCACCCGUGAUCAGAUCAGUCAACUGGAUCUAGAGGAGAAACAUGUGCAAAAAGCUUUUGUCGCCAUUCCUGCUGGUGGAAAUGGAUGGACCGCAGCCACUGAUAUUCAGUCAAUUUUCUUCCGCCUCACAAUGGAUUCCGCGACCGAGUUCCUCUUUGGUAAAAGUGUGGAGAGCCAGGCAGCUGCUAUGAAUGGUCUUGAAGCUGCCGGCGACAACUUUGCCGCCUAUUUCGAUAAAGCUCAGUGGACUUGCCUUCGUCGAGCCCAAUUCGAAUCUUUUUCUUUCAUGGCAAACAACAAGGAGACCCGCCAUGCGGAGAAAAUGGUCUACGAAUACGUCGACAAAAUUAUUCAAGAGCAACUUCGUGAGAUUGACAGUGAAAAGAAGGUUUCUGAUGAGGAGAAAGGAUACGUCUUCCUCGAGUCCAUUGCUUCGCAAACCCGUGAUCCACUCGAACUGCGCUCUCAACUUCUGAACAUCCUCCUGGCCGGUCGCGAUACCACUGCUUCGCUUCUCAGCUGGACCAUUCUCCUGCUUGCCCGCCACCCUGAACAAUUCAAAAAGCUCCGCCAAGUCAUCAUUGAAACCUUCGGCACAUACUCGAACCCCCAUGAUCUCACUUUCACUGCUCUCAAAUCCUGCCAGUACCUCCAGUACACCAUGAACGAGGUUCUUCGCCUUUACCCCGUGGUUCCUUUCAACCGUCGCGUCGCCGUUCGUGACACUACCAUCCCCCGCGGUGGUGGUCCUGAUGGAUUGUCCCCUGUUUUCGUUCCCAAGGGUGGCUCAGUCAUGUACAGCACUUUCGUCAUGCAGCACCGUAAGGAUAUCUGGGGUGAGGAUGUUGAGGAAUUCAAGCCUGAACGCUGGACAAACCGCAAGUCUGGCUGGGAGUAUCUUCCAUUCAAUGGUGGUCCUCGCAUCUGUAUUGGUCAGCAGUUCGCCCUUACUGAGGCUGGUUACGUGCUUGUCCGUCUCUUGCAGCGCUUCGAUCACAUCGAGGAUGUGAACAUUGAUCGUCCUGUUCGCUAUGGUCUGACCUUGACUAUGGCACCGGGAGAUUUGUUGACAGUGCGCAUGCACGAGGCCGACAAUGCUUAA